AUGAUGGCGUUAACACCGACCCAACCACAGAGUACGUCCAAUGCACCCCGGCACACUGGUAAGACAUGAUGUUCAGAGUGAAAGUUGUAAUUGUGCAUUUUCCUAACUUUUAAUUCACAUCAAACUGUGAACUCACUCAAAAUACUUCUGUGUAGUUUAUGUUUGCAUAAUUAAAUCCAUAAUCAAAAUUGUACAUAGUCUGUAUAUACUGCUAUUUAAAUUUCAUUGUGUUUUGAGCUUCUCUUGUACGUAUAUUGUGUUUAUUGAGUUUAUGUUAAUUUGUGUUUAUACUGUUCUUUUGUGUUACAUCUGUUCUUUAUUUACAUUAUGUUAGCUAAUAUAUAUCCACCUAUUUUUUUGUACCAAUUGCUAAAAAAAAAAGACUAUUCUGGUCUUUUGUAUAUUCCAGGUGAAAUGAGACGGUCGCAGCUGGAUUUGCGCACAGUCAUGGAGGAUAUGCGGGCAGCAGAGGAAAGGCAGCAGGAAGGGAUGGAGAACCUUUCUGAGCAGUGGUUUCAGGCACUGCGUCAGGAUGCCCAGGAAGCUAUGUGCCAGGAGGCAGAAAUCGCCCGGCAGCAGAUGGAGCAGUUGACUACCUUGGGCAGCUUGUUCAGGUGCUGGGAGGCAGUUGUGAUCCCAGGCCAUCGCUCAGGCAGUAGUACCUUUCAGCCAGCACAGGACCUGUACACUUUUUUUUUUUUGUAAAAAUAUUUUGUUUGGUUUUUCUUAAAACGGUUUAUUUGUAAAUAUAUUUUUUUAAUUUUUACUUGUUAGUAUAUUUUGAAAGAAUACUUUUUUGUGGAAUAAAAAACAGGAGAGACUUUGGGUGUGUAUGAUUAAAUGUAAAACUUUAAUAAAACUUUAAUAAAAUCAGGGUAAGAAAUUAAAUGUUGAGGUGCCGCAACAGAGCCUGACAUAUUUCACUGCACUCUUCUUCGCUAUCCUGUGCAAUUACCCGUACGGGCUCUUCUGCAGGCGUAUUCCAAUCCUGGUGGAAGUCUUCUCCAUGACUUUCACAAAGAUUAUGAAGAGCACAGCAAGUAAGCACCAUGGAUUUGACAAGUUCAAUGUCACCGUCAUUCCCCUUCAUAAGACAACGCCACCUACCCUUAAGUCUUCCGAAUGCAUUUUCAACUACGACCCGUGGCCUGGAUGUUUUCUUGUUGUAGGUUUGUUGUUCCGGUGUCAGGUGGCCAUUGUCAGGAAAUGGUUUCAGGAGCCAAUUUUGUAA